AUGACCACAGCAUCAGGGCCAAUAGAAGUGGCAGCCCUAGGAAGACCUCUGUCUCUUGGAAUGCUUUACGACUGCCGCAACGAUUCCUUCAUUCCAGGGGUUACUCUCUGGGAUGAGAAAUCAUUGAGGGAAAACUUAGACGUUAAACAUCAGACCGAGACAAAUCUGGAUUUCAGCAGCUCUGAUUCUAUUUCUAGUAAGUCCAGUCUCCUGGAUGUAAGCGCCUCUCUGAAGGUCAGUUUCUUGGCGGGGCUUGUGAAGGUGGACGGAUCUGGCAGGUUUCUGCAGGACACCAAAUCCUCAAACCAACAGUCCAGAGUUACAAUGUUUUACAGUGAAACCUCAAGAUAUGAACAACUCACUAUGUCCCAGCUGGGCCACUUCACCUACCCUAAGGUGUUUGAGCUGAAAAUUGCUACUCAUGUGGUCACGGCAGUGCUGUACGGUGCUCAGGCAUCCAUGGUGUUUGAUCGCACACUAUCAGAAGAGGAAAACAAGCAGCAGAUAGAGGGAAACCUAAAUGUCAUGGUCAAGAGCAUCUCUUCAUAUUCCAUUGAGGGAAAAGGAUCUGUAAAUAUGACAGCAGAUGAAAAAAAAAAGGUAGAGAACAUCACCUGCACGUUUCAUGGGGAUGUCCGCCUUCAGCAGAACCCCACCACAUACAUGGAGGCCCUUCAGACAUACAAGCAGCUCCCCGCUCUGCUGAAGGAUCCACAGAAUGCAGUCCCAAUAAAAGUCUGGCUCUAUCCUCUUCAUCUUCUGAAUGCAACAGCAGCUCGGGUAGAGAGAGAAAUCUCCACAAGUCUGAUUUCCGACACUGAAAGUAUAAUCGAGGAGCUGGAAGAGGCAGAGAGGACAUACAAUGACCUGUUCAAACAUACACUGGUCACUGCUUUCAGUGACAUCAAAGAGAGGCUGCAACUAUUUCAGAGAUUAUUUAGCACAUACAGGAGAAAGCUCAUGGAUGAAGUUGGCAGGGUUUUGCCUGCUAUUCGAGGAGGAAAGAUGGAGGACAAAUCUCUGGAAGACAUCCUGAAGAUCCACAGGAGCUCUCCAUUCAGUGCUGACAAGCUGAACCAGUGGUUAGAUGAUGCAAAGUCUGAACUUUAUCUCUUGAGUUCUCUCACCAAGUCACUGGAAGGGGUUCAAAUUAAAGACUCUGAGGUCGAUAUCAUGACCCAAUUCUUUGAUCCUGGUGUUAAUGCAGUGGUGUGCUUUACCUUGACAUCUCUGAAGUAUGAAGACACAUAUCUUUCAACCCUGAAGAAGUUCCUGCAAUCUGACAUGGUUAACGAUAGGAACAUAGCUUUUUAUUCUGUGGAGUCUUUCAGAAAGUGGUUCAGUGAUCACAAUGUCUUGAUAAAUAUGAUAGAGAACUCGUCUCAAUUCAGGAGGAUUGCAGAGGCCAAUAAAAAUGAAAAGAGAAUUCGCUUUUUCAUUUCUGCCAUAUCCAAUCCCAACAUUACAGGCUCCUCCAUUUAUCUGUAUGAAAAGGGGAAUUUGACAGACAGACAGUUCAAGCCUGUGUCCAAGCCGCCUCCACCAAUAGUGAGGAAUGUCCAGACCCAAGCUGUGUCCCUUAAACUGCAGAAGUAUUCAUCUAGAGAGAGAGUGCAGUACAGAGUGGAAUACAAGCAGGUGAAACCACAGUCUGGAGCUGAGGAUCCAUGGCGUUUUAUAGAAACAUAUGAUGAAGAGAUUACUCUGAAUGGAUUGGAGCUUGGCAAACAUUACCUGAUCCGAUACAGGAUUGUUGGGAAAGUGGGAGUGAGUGAAGCCAGUGAUUCUGUAAGCGCUACUCUUAGUGCUGGCCUUUCCAGUAAGUGCCAUCUACACAUUUUUAUGAAUAAUUAACUUAAGUUUUUAUAUAUCUAAACCAGCUAUUUGU